AUGGCUAACUUUAUCCCAGAAGAGGAUAGGGAAGCAAAGGCUAUAGAAUUCGAACAGCUCAAGCAAGGGAAUAAAAGUGUGCAAGAGUACUACAUGGAAUUCAUAAGGUUAGCUAAGCAUGCUCCUCACAUGGUUAAGACUGAAAAGGCAAAGAUUUGCAGGUUUGUUGGCGGUUUAGCUAACCACAUUAAGGAUACGACAUCAGCUGCAGCAGUAGGGAUGGAAGCCUUCUCUUCUGUUGUGGGAUUUGCCAAGCCCUUAGAAAAAGACAGACAACUAAGGAAAGAAGAAAAAGAGCAUAACAAGAAAGCCCGGACAACGGGAAGGUUUAAUGGUACAUCCAGCGGAGGUGGAAGGGAUUCCUCUAAUAAGGAGUCAUUAGCACCAGCUCAGUCUAAUCAUCAGUUAGGUUGUGGGUCUUCCUUCAGACGUCAGUGCAAGCUCGGGUUUCAUGGUUGCUACCAUUGUGGAGACAUUGGUCAUAUAAAGUCCAACUGCCCAAAGUUGCGACGUAAUCUUAGUGGUGGAUCAACUCGUCCUUCUAGUUCCUCAGCUACUGUAGUUGCACCAACUCAAGCUCAUGGUUCUCAUAAUCAGGCCGGACAUAGAGCAGGCAGAGGUGCAGACCGAGUUACUUAG